CGAGCAUCCGCCCAGGGCGGCGCGUCCCCAAGGCCGCCGGGCCAGUCCCGUCCAUCAGUCCGUCGCGUCCAUCCGUCGCGUCCGUUGGCAGUGCCAUGCCAUUCCUCGGGCAGGACUGGCGGUCCCCCGGGCAGAGCUGGGUGAAGACGGCCGAUGGCUGGAAGCGCUUCCUAGAUGAGAAGAGCGGCAGCUUCGUGAGCGACCUCAGCAGUUACUGCAGCAAGGAAGUAUACAAUAAGGAGAAUCUUUUCAACAGCCUGAACUAUGAUGUUGCAGCCAAGAAGAGAAAGAAGGACAUGCUGAAUAGCAAAACCAAAACUCAAUAUUUCCACCAAGAAAAAUGGAUCUAUGUUCACAAAGGAAGCACUAAAGAGCGCCAUGGAUAUUGCACUUUGGGGGAAGCCUUCAACAGACUGGACUUCUCGACUGCCAUUCUGGAUUCCAGAAGAUUUAACUACGUCGUACGGCUGUUGGAACUGAUAGCAAAGUCACAGCUCACAUCCCUGAGUGGCAUUGCCCAAAAGAACUUCAUGAACAUUUUGGAAAAAGUGGUACUGAAAGUCCUGGAAGACCAACAAAACAUUAGACUAAUAAGGGAACUACUCCAGACCCUCUACACGUCCUUAUGUACACUGGUCCAAAGAGUCGGCAAGUCUGUGCUGGUCGGGAACAUUAACAUGUGGGUGUAUCGAAUGGAGACAAUUCUACACUGGCAACAGCAGCUGAACAACAUCCAAAUCACCAGGCCCGCCUUCAAAGGCCUCACCUUCACUGACCUGCCUUUGUGCUUACAACUGAACAUCAUGCAAAGGCUGAGCGACGGGCGAGACCUGGUCAGCCUGGGCCAGGCAGCCCCUGACCUGCACGUGCUCAGCGAGGACCGGCUCUUAUGGAAGAAGCUCUGCCAGUACCACUUCUCCGAGCGGCAGAUCCGCAAGCGAUUAAUUUUGUCAGAUAAAGGACAGCUGGAUUGGAAGAAGAUGUAUUUUAAACUUGUGCGCUGUUACCCACGGAAAGAGCAGUACGGAGACACCCUUCAGCUUUGCAGACACUGCCAUAUUCUUUCCUGGAAGGGCACUGAUCACCCGUGCACAGCCAAUAACCCGGAGAGCUGCUCCGUUUCACUUUCACCCCAGGACUUUAUCAACUUGUUCAAGUUCUGAAUCCCAGCACAUGACAACACUUCAGAAGGGUCCCCCUGCUGACUGGAUGGUUGGAAAUACAGAGUUUGGACGCUUCAUUUGUAAAUAGUGUACAUUUUAGACACUGGCUCAAAACUUCUGCGAUAAGCCAUUGAGAGGACGUUGGAGGGGAGAGAUGCAGUUGCUGGCUGGGAAUUUAAGCAUAUGGACUUCUCAUUAGAAUUGGUAUGGAAAAGCAGAAAUACUGUAAAUAAACUAUUUUUCCUAAUGAUUUGCCAGCAAGACUAUAAGGCAGGAAUUCUAUUUCAUCAGUGAAAAUGGAAUUCUCUUGACGUUCACUGAGACUCCUUUAUAGUUCCCUAGAGAUGUGGGAGAAAGGGGCAAAACUCAAAUACAAGAUAGAAUGCUCUUUGUUUACAAGGUGAAAAUGUGUUGG